AUGCCCCCAAUAAGCUCAGGAAGAGUGCUUGUCACAGGCGCAAACGGGUAUAUCGCAAUCUGGAUUGUACGGUCAUUACUCGAACGCGGAUACUCCGUGCGAGGGACAGUACGCUCUGAGGAUAAAGCAAAACAUCUUCACGAUACAUUCACUGCGUAUUGGGGCCGGUUCGAGACUGUCAUCGUGGAGGACAUAACCGAGGCAGGGGCCUUCGACGAGGCUGUCAAGGACGUGAGUGCAAUCGUGCACACCGCCUCACCAGUUUAUAUAGAGGAUGAGGAUCCGGACAAGAUGAUCGUACCUGGAGUGAAAGGGACGGUACGGGUGCUCGAGUCAGCACUAGCGAACGGCUCCUCCGUCCAGCGCAUCGUCUACACUUCGUCUUCCGGAUCAGUUCUCCAGUUGGAAAACAUGCACCGCACAUACUCCGAGGCAGACUGGAAUGAUGCGGCCGUAGAAACCGUGAAAGAGAAGGGUUAUGCUGCGUCGCAAAUGUCAAAGUAUUGCGCUAGUAAAACGUUGGCGGAAAGAGCUGCAUGGGAAUUCGUUGAGAAGAACAGGAAUAGGAUCGACUGGGACUUUGUCGCGCUCAAUCCACCGUUUGUGUUCGGACCGGUCAUCCACGAGGUAGAAAAGCCAACAUCUCUCAAUGCGAGCAUGAUAUGGUGGUUCUACAAUGUUGUCGGUGGACAAUUGCACCCGACGGAGAUUGGGAUGUGUUGGAUUGAUGUGCGCGAUCUUGCGGAGGCGCAUAUACGCGCGAUGGAACGAAAAGAGGCGGGUGGGGAGAGGAUCAUUGUUGCUGAAGGCACUUGGAAAUGGGAAGACUGGGUGAAUGCCUUCCGCCAGACUGGUGCCUCAAUCCAUGCGGAUUCCGAGGCUUAUGCUGCCAGUGUCACUCACCAGAUCCUAUUCGAUACUUCAAAAGCGGCCAGACUUCUCGAACUAUCGUAUCGCUCUCCAGCGGAGACGACUCACGACGUGUUGGAGGAUUUCAGAACAAGAGGUUGGAUUUGA